GGCUGAGCGCUGAACAUGUCAUGGGGCCCAACAUGUGGAACACUGCCCAGUUGACUUGUCACAUCACAAACAAGUUGCAGAGGCGGCAGCAUGGCAGAGCACCGACAAUCCCUGAUGGAGAUCGGAACUUGGCGACGAGGCAAUACUAGUGGCCAAGCCUGCACAUUUAGUGAUUACCGGCGAAACACAACGUACUCCUGCCUAUAAAGACCACCUGUUGGAAUUGCCCGGCCUGAGCUUUAUGUAACUUAACCGCUUGUCGUUGAGAACACCCACCUCGUUAUCAUGGCUACUGACGAGCAGAAAAGUCAACAAGGCUGCGAAGUUGCAGAGGCGGCAUUACCUCGCUCACGCAUAGCUCGCUAUGAUGAGUAUUUUGAUCAACGAACUUUCGCCACUGUCUAUCGAAAGACAAGUAAACCAACCAAGAAACUUAACCACAAGAAGCCAGUCCUCAUUGUUCGGCGAAUAAUCGAUCACAAGGGACGACAUGUACAAACGGAAAUUGACAUCAGGAGCUUAGCAUUAUGUGAAGUGUUGACCGCGAUCCACAAGGAUGUUGACGGGCUAGAACUCAUGCGAAGUGCACCGGUCUGCGAACCCGAACUGCUCUUCUUCUCUUACGAUGGUCUGAAAGACAGACUAGAGAAAGAGAUGUCAAAGGAUCCCCGCGACGAAGCUCUGAUCGCAGACAUCAACGUCGCCAUUCAAUACAUUCAAGAAGAUCACGCAGGCAACUUCGCAGAUCUUCAAAGUCUAAUAGCUGAUCAAUCCAUCACAUUUGAUCUUCUUUGGGCGCUGUUUCCUGCAAAUACCUUGGUCUUUAAUCACCACCAAUACACAGAACAACGACGCAUUCUCAAAGCUCAAAGGUUCCUGAUUCGCGAAAGAAAAGAUCGUUCCGUGUACGCAGAGAUUACUUGCGACAUCGUUGUCAAUGAUGGAAAUAUUUUUGGAAUCGCGCAAGAACCAAUCGAGAUCGACGCAUUCAAAGGGACCCGCAAGAUUUACGAGUUGCCGGUGUUCCCGCUUCGGUUUUAUCACGAUCAGGGUGCGCUAUGCGAACACGCCAUUCAAAGAGGUCGGAAAUUCGCGGGGCUCGUGGCUCACGCUUAUGGUGAAAUAUCCGGACCUGCUUUGCGCGAGGUCGUCACUGCGCAAGACAAAAUCCAAUUUCGCAAGUUCAAUACCUAUGGACGAGUCAUGAUUGAUCCUGCUGGAUUCCGUGUUUUUCAGCCCAACUGUUCCUUCAAUCUCACAGUAUACCGACGACUCAAUCGUGACGAGCUCACUGAUGAGCAACACAUGAUCUGCACCCCUGUCGUACUCGGAUUCUGUUUCGGAGUCAAGGAGUGGGGCGGCUUCGCUUUAGACCGUCUUCAAGAUAUUGCGUGGUCUCAAGAAUCCUUCGACUCUCUUGUUCUUGGUCCCAAACAAAAGUCGCUGAUACAUGCGCUCGUCAAACAACAUGAAAGUCAGACGUCACAAUUUGACGACAUCGUUCAAGGGAAAGGAAAGGGCCUCGUCGGUCUUCUUGCGGGCCCUCCUGGAUGCGGUAAGACGCUUACUGCAGAGGCCGUCGCCGAGGUUACAAGACGUCCGUUGUACUACGUCUCCGCAGGCGAACUGGGCACAGAUGCCAAGGCCGUCGACAAAGCGCUCAUUCAAAUACUUGAGCUUGCGCAGAAGUGGAAGGCUGUACUUUUACUUGACGAAGCGGACGUAUUCCUUUACCAGAGAAGCAGCAACGACGUCAUAAGAAACGCGCUCGUGUCCAUUUUCCUGAGGCAGCUGGAAUACUAUCAAGGCAUUUUGUUCUUGACCACAAACAUGAUUGCGCAGUGUGAUUUGGCCUUCGAGAGUCGUAUACAUUUCACGGUGCACUUUCCUCAGUUGAACGAAUCCUCGCGCAGGCAAAUCUGGAAAACAUUUAUCGCGAAAACUGCGGGCGCUGGUAGCAUAACUGACGAUGAGAUUGAUGCAUUAGCCAAGGAAAGUAUGAACGGACGUCAGAUUAAAAACACCAUCAGCACCGCACAAUCAAUCUCGUUUGAUCAGAAUUCGCCACUCUCUGCAGAGCACAUUCGCACUGUGCUUGAGGUUGCGAGAGACUGGAGCAAGGCGAGGGGGGAACAGAGUUUGGAAAAUCAGAUUACAACGUUGAUUUAGUGUCCUAUGCUUGGGUGUCACGGUGGACUGAGGGUUCCACAGUUGGGGACUAGGUGUUUGGGGUCUCCCGGCCCCUUCCAUAGCUUAGUCAGCACCUAGACUCAGAUUCCAGCAUGUUCGUCGUGUAGCCAUCCUCAUCAUAAUCAUCAUCAUCUGAGCUACUUUGCCAUUGCUAGGCUUAGGCCGC